CGUUGCCUCUGGAAUCAAGUAGUCGUGUUCGAGAGAGCUACGUGUAACACGUCUGUGUCGCGGACAAAGGAAAAAAUGAAGUACUUUACCUUGUUUGUUUUUGCGGUACUGGUGGUGGCGGUGUCCUGUCGUCCCGACAAGCAGGACCUGAAACAGCUGAAAGCGGAGGCGGCGCGUAAGAAGGCCUGCACCCAUGACUGUAGCUCUGUUAAAUUCGAGCCCAUUUGCGCAGGGAAGCAAGGCGAGAAGCCAAAGUCGUUUGGCAGCGAGUGCGUCAUGAGCAACUACAACUGCGAGCAUAAAGAUACAUUACAUAAGAUCAGCAAAGGUGAAUGCCCUGGGUCAGAUGGCAUCCGUUUAUCUUAAGAACACAACCUCUGUUACAAUUAAUAUCAUAGCUGUAAACGCAUACCUUCGCUCUCUAAACAACCCUAAUUGCUUUUUUAUAUAGAGCUUCUAUCAAAGUAUCUGUGAUGUAACAUAGGGAUAAAAAAUGUUAUGUUUAUUAUAUUCUUACAAGUUUCCAAUAUGCGUAUUGCACGGAACUUGUUUGAUCAAAUAAAUGUUUAUUUUUCUCAAUAUUGUUGAUUAAAUUUUUGAAUUCCGUU